AUGUGCGUGCCGGCGUGCCGAGGCAGCCGGUCAGUCGUGAAUCAUAGCACAGAUCUCGACAUUCCAAUGUCCGCCAUAGCGCAGUGCGUACCUAUUAUACGGAACUACAGACCUAUUGUCCAGUGUUGUGUUGCCGUACUCGACGAUCCUGUUAUCGUUUGGUCGCCGAUAAUCAUAGUAGCCGUUCACCUCCAUAUUCGUAUACUCUCGAAACGGUUUGGGAUACCCUUUUGUACACUGGCCAUUUACCAUACAUGGCGAACUUGGGUGAGCUAGACCACAAGGCCUAUGCAUCAUGCAAGUCGUUACAAUACGAAGGAGUCGUGGUUCCGUUUCAGGAUCGGGUAUUACAGCUUGCACAAUAGCAUCCACUUCAUCGGCACUCCUUCGCUUCUCGUCUCUGGCCAAUGUCAGUAAAAUACGACAAUGAGAAAGCCCUCUUUUUCUGCCACUAUCACUCUGAUGUGCGCAAUCACAAAUCCGAACUUUCCGUUAGAAGAGAUCUGUGUGAGCUCUUGCAAUUUGAUGUGGAAUACUCGGGCGACACUGUCAGGACGAUCAGAUGCUCUUUGUCCCUGACAUAACUGUUCUACUAUCUCCUUUCAUGCCGGGUUGCAAGUAAAUGUAAUGAAUAGAUCUGGCUUCAUAUUUUUCAACAAUUGCCAUAGCAUCUUGAUAGCUUUGCAUCACAGCUCGAGGAGAUCCAAGAAACGACGGAGGCGGAAUGAUCUUCCUCGUCCCUGGUAGGCCUGCGAUCUCUGUAUCUCCUGCGACAUAGUCAGUCAAAGCGCGGUAUGUGUCUACUCGCAGUUUCCUUUUUGGUGUGUUCUAUCGUGGCUCAGAUGAUUUUGCUCGAUUUUCAAAUAGCUGUCUACCAAAAUUGUUGAUACAAUUUGCCGCAGAAGUGUAGAGGAUUGGAUCCCGCUCUUACAGUUAUCACAUCAGAAUAGUACUCUUUCUUAGUUGUUCUUGUUCUUCGCCGCUCUGAUGUGUUUUUUCUCAUGUUUGGGUGCCAGCCAAGCUCGCCACGAGGAAAUAAAAUCGGGUGGGAAAGUAGAUCAUAUUCGGCAUCAUAGACGCGGAUAUUCCGCAGGCCUCCUGAUCGUAAGUGCACGGCAAGAUUGUGUCCAGCUGACACGUCCCCUCCUUCACCGACGUAUACUACAGCUCCUUCGUUCGCGUCGGCUCGUUAUUGCGACGAAUUCAAAUUCGAAUUUUGAAAGAUCAUUUUCACCGGCAGCGCUAAUCUUCCUUACCUUGCACCUCGAGCUCCCCUUAAAGAGCUAUAUCGUUAAGCAUUCUGUAUGCUUGCGCGAAAGCAUUAAUCACACGAAAAGUGUGCUAAGCGACCGCGUUAGUCUAGGGUUGCAACUUAUGUUAGCUGGAAUCUGCUCUUUCAUCUGCCGCCAUUGAUGUGUCAAAAAAGUACCCCUGGCCGUAUCGCGGCGGCUCGCCUUCCUCUAAGCGUGCAGGUCCAAUUCUGCGGUAAAGCUAACCAUGAAUGCGAAAGCAGUAAGGGCCUCGUUAUGGAAUAUGCAGCUUAGCUCCAAUGGAUGCAAAUGCAAAGGGACUGUUGUAAUUGCGGAUAUAUCCACGAAAUUCCUUCGCCUCAGCAUCUCGACCUGUUAGUAAUCGACGCAGUUCCUCUGGGUAGUGGGUGGAGUGUUCUAACGUUGUGCUUCCAUGAUUACAACAGUCAUUGAAAGUUCUCCUGCCUUUCGACUCGGAACUGAAGAGUUUGGCUCCACAGCUCUCACACUCAACAUUCAUAGGCCCGUCAUAGUGCUCUUCUAGUUCGAUAUUAGAGCGGGCUAUAAAUCUAGUCCUAUUUGCCGUUAUUCCAGCUCCUAUCUGUUAUCUCCGAAAUCUCCUUCGUUCCGCUUCCUGAGACUGCCGUGCUCUCCGCUGCUCUUCGCUUUCUUGCUCUCUUUGCACCCUUGCUCUCUCAGCGGCUGUUUACAAGUCUGCUCUUCGCUGUUCUUCUCCUUCCUGUUUCCUUUGCAUUCUAGCUCUCUGAGAGUCUGCAGACAUCCGUAUUCUCCGCUGCUCUUCGCUUUCUUGCUCUCUUUGCAUCCUUGCUUUCUCAGCGGCUGCUUCCAAGUGUGCUAUUCGCUGUUCUUCCCCUCCCUAAUGCCUUCGCAUUCUAGCUCUCUGAGAGUCUGCAGACAGGGGUGCUCUCCGCUGCUCUUCACUUUCUUGCCCUCUUGGCAUUCUUGCCCUCUCAACAGCUCUUUCCCGACGGACUCCUUGCUGUUCUUCUCCACAUCUUCGUGUCCUGACGGCUUCGCUUUCACGCGAAAGGCGACGUUGCUGUUGAACCUCCUCAUAUCGUGGCUUUUGCGAUCUUGCCCUUAUUGA